ACCAUUGGAGUUGCUCUAACACUUCAUUUUUUGCUCUUCGAACUCACUAAACAUAAAACUCGAAGAACUCAACAAUGGCGAUCAUCACUGAACACGAAGACAACCAGAUUGACCAACCAACUUCCCGUUCCAAACUCAAACCCAAACCCAAACCAAAAUCCAAGCCACAAUCUAAACCCACAAAAAAACCCAAAUCUCAACCAUCAAGAGCAACCACAACCCAUAACCCAUUUAUCUUCUGGUUCUACUUUACACUAAUUGUUUCUGCCAUCACUUUCUUCUUCGUUUCUCUCUCCUCUUUUUCCUCCCCUGACCCCAAAACCUGGUUUUUAAGAUUACCCACCAUUCUCAAAGAUCACUACUCUAAAGGAAGAACCAUAAAAGUUCAGAUCAACCCAAAUGAACCCCCAAUUGAAGUGUUUGCUUAUUCACAAGGUCCAAAAAUGUCUGAAAAUGUGUUGAUCAUUCAUGGUUUAGGCUGUAAUUCUUUCACAUUUCGUAAAGUAGUUGAUGAAUUAGCUACUAAGGGUUUGUUUGCUGUGGCGAUUGAUUUGCCGGGUUCCGGCUUUUCGGAUAAAACAGUGGUGAGAGAAAGAGAGGUUAUUAAUGAGGGUGGGAGUUUAGGUAGUUUAAUUGAGGUGUACAAGGAGAUUAAGGAGAAAGGUCUUUUUUGGGGUUUUGAUAAUUUGAUUGAAAAGGGGCAGCUUCCUUAUCAAGAGGUUAGGGUUCGGGUUUCGAAGAAGGAGGUUGUUGAGCCCUUGGAUUUGGGUGCACAAGAAGUGGGUAGGGUUUUAGGCCAAGUUGUUGAUUCAAUGGGAUUAGCUCCUUUUCAUUUAGUUUUACAUGAUUCAGCUUUGUUAAUGGGGGCAAAUUGGGUGGUAAAGAAUACAGGGUUAUUGAAGAGUGUUACACUCAUUGAUACUACACCUAGGGGAAUGGCAUUGCCUAUAUGGGCAUUGGAAGUUCCGGUGAUUCGGGAGCUUGUUUUGAGGUUCGAUUCUGUGUUUGGGAAAUUGAUCGAUUCGUGUUGCUCCAAGGGUUCGAGCGUGGAGGCACAUAGGGUCCUUUUGAAGGGUAGAGAUGGGAGGGAGUCGAUUGUGGGAAUGGGAAGGCAGUUGAAUGAGAGUUUUGAUUUGGCUGAAUGGGCUAGUAUGGAUGGAAUUAAGGGUAUGCCAAUGCAAGUGCUUUGGUCUGGUAGUUGGUCACAGGAGUGGAAUGAAGAGGGUAAACGGGUCGCGGAUGUUGUUUCUCAAGCUAAAUUCAUCAAUCAUGCUGGUGGGAGGUGGCCUCAGGAUGACACUUCAAGUGAGAUGGCUGAAAAUAUCAUUAGUUUGAUAUCUUCUCUGCCGAAGACAGAAAGAAAAGAUGAUCAUGAGCCUUUGCCAGAACACAUCCAGAAGAUGCUCGAUGAAGCAAAAGCAGGAGGCAAUCACCAUCAUCAUGGCCAUGAUAGCCAUGGCCACCAUGAUGGGCAUAGUCAUGGUGAUGGCGCUCAGGCAGGUUACAUGGAUGCUUACGGUCUUGGUCAUGGCCAUGGAUGGGAAAUGUGAUUCUAACUCAAUUUGUUCCAUUACUGCUAAGUCUUAUGAUCCUGGCCUAGAGAUAAAUUUUUGAAAAGCAACAUAAGUCGCUAAUAUUCAACCAUCAUGGAUACGUAAGUCUGAAGAAUAUGACUUGACUUAACUGUUUGCCAAAAUUCAAGAUCCAAAAUACUAGAGCAUGGACAUGCUAGAUAGGCUCUCCUUUUUUACCUUGAUAUAUAAUCCUCAAAUUAGUUUAUUAUGAUACUAUUUCUUAUUUUCUUUCUUGAGCUUCAUUUUUGAACUUGUGCUCAGCAUCUUCAACUGGGUUUCUUAAAUGGUUGUCUAGGUUGAUAGGGUUUGUGGGAUUUUCCCUGCUCCUGAUUGAUGUACGGAUGACAGAAAUUGAUAGUUUCUACAAUGAGCUCGUAUUUUUGUUUGAGCUUGUAUUUUCGUGUGUGGGAUGAGCUUGUAUUUUCGAAGUGUUGUUUGUAUAAUGAGCUUGUAUUUUCGUGUGUGAUGAAUGAAAUACUGAUGUUUUGGUUAA